CCUCCUUCUCAUACGUUUGGUAGAUAUCAGAUUUAUCUGCAAACCCGGUAGAAAAAAUCCGGAUCUUGCAGGAUUUGAGAUUAGAUUCAGCCUUUGAGGCAUUCCACUAUCCGAGACAAAAGCAGGUAUUAUUUUUUCUCAACUUGUCUGAUACCUGAUUUGUAGCUUCAUGCCUAAUUUGCCCUCCCUUCCACCACUAUUCGACAUCUACAACUGCAUACCCAUAACCACAAGACAAAGACACUGCUUCACGGUGGUGCCGCCGUCGUGGCUCGCGUGGAGCCCCAACUGCCAAGGCGGCACGACGCUUGGAUGCCCGCUGCUGAGCGAUUUCGGCUGCAAUGUGCCGUCGCCGGAGCCGCACCCCACGAACCGGUUUUUAUCGGAUAGUGGUGGAAGGGAGGGCGGAGUAGAGGAGAAUUGGGGAGUCUUUGAGGAGGAUUUUGCUCCUGUCAAUCUCCGUUGUCCUCCUUUUUGCAGUUGGGAGGACCCCUAAGGCGAUAGAGAAGGGGGGCGAAGAGAGGGAGGGAGAGGCAGAGAAGGGAGACGAAGUGAGGGAGGGAGAGGCAGCGGGGUCACGAGGAAGAAGAGAGGGAGAAGAGAGUCAUUUGCCUUAAAAAAGGAAGGACAUAAAUGGUAGCACAAUGUUUAGUAUGACUUUCCAGUAAAUUGACUUUGGCCUACCAAACAAUGAUUUAGGCUAAAAAAGGUGUGUACCAAACAUCAUUAAAGCCAACAUUAAUAAUCUAAAAUUGUUGUAAUUCACGUUAA